UUCUCACCCAUAUAAAAAUACAUAAAAUAUUAAACACACAAAAUCCUAUACCACAUUUUGCGUUAGAAUUCAAGUCAAAAACAGAAUCACAAUUAUCUUGUUAAACAUGAAGCUGUUUUUUUUCCUUAACAACAACAACAACACCUUAAGCACAAGUACAUCAUAUUGUGUAAAACAAAAUAAACCAUGUGUUGUUGGUUGGGUUGACAAAUAUUUCAAAGAUUGUUUAUGUAACCUUAAAGAUGAAAUAUCUUUUGGUUUGGGUAUUGUUAGCCUUGUUUGUUGGGGUGUGGCUGAAAUCCCACAAAUUAUCACCAACUUUCGUACCAAAUCUAGCCAUGGUGUUUCCCUUUUGUUUCUCCUUACAUGGAUUGCCGGGGAUAUCUUUAAUCUUGUGGGAUGUCUUCUUGAACCAGCAACGUUGCCAACCCAGUAUUACACAGCUGCGCUUUAUACAAUUAGUACUAUAAUCCUGGUGUUGCAAAGCUUAUAUUAUGAUCAUCUCUACGCAUGGUUAAAGUCAAGAAAAACUGAUACUAAAGCUAACCCGGAGGUGGAGGAAACUAAGAGACCGCUUAGACCAUCAAUUGGAGAGGAACCUCGAUUUGUCAGCUCAAAAAGCCGGGCUAUCAAGGCAUCGCUAUCUCCCCGUCAAGAUUAUUUCUUCACGUCAGCAAGAUCAAUGGCUGGAAGUGCAACGCCACCCAAUCGAUCUUAUCUAUGGCCAACUAGGAGUGGUCCAGCUUCUGCAAUGGGUGGAGACGAUGAUUCCUCUUCCGAAGAUGAGUCAUCUGUUCAGAUACCCAAGCCUGCUACCCAACCCAAACCCAUCCCACGUUCUGCGGGUUAUGGAGCGUUCUUGGCUACAUCAUUAAAUUUGCCAUCACACACCAAGGGGUUGAUGCAAGUUUAUGUUGGCAGGAAGUUGCUGCAAGAAGGUGGUGGAAGUGGCACUGUGGUCGGGCAAUGGUUAGGUUGGAUGAUGGCGGCAAUUUACAUGGGUGGUCGAAUUCCUCAAAUUGUAUUGAAUAUUAAAAGAGGCAGCGUUGAGGGUUUGAAUCCUCUCAUGUUCAUCUUCGCUCUUGUUGCAAAUGCCACUUACGUCGGAAGCAUUCUCGUAAGGAGUACAGAAUGGUCAAAAAUCAAAGCCAACUUGCCUUGGCUGCUGGAUGCUGCUGCAUGUGUUGCACUUGAUACCUUUAUCAUAAUGCAAUAUGUGUACUACAAAUACCUACAAAAAAAAAAUGAUGACCUGGAAUACUAUGGUGAGUAUUCAGAAGCCAACAAAAGCUAGGGGUGCUGAUUAUGUAUGAUAAGCUAGCGGAUCCUUGAGAAGAACAAAGAUAAUAGAGUGCUUACAUCGGGAUCUUUUUUGUACUUUAACCCGAGUUUAAAAUGUUCAGGCACAUAAUGGAAAAAUGAAAACCGAAUUGUUCUACAGGUAUCGUGAUCUGCAUUUACUUGUAACGAAACAAUUUGGACAUUCUCACUACUUUACCAUUUAGAUUAGUUUUUUGGCCAUUUUGAGUUGGAAAAUCUGUUUUAGCCUGUCGGGGAGAAUAUAGUUAUUCGUAUUACCACCGGUAAGUAUACUUGUAACUUUCUAUCGCGUUUAUCUGCCUGGUUUUUGGACUUGUGGCGAGUACUAGAAUUAUUAUUGCUUUCAAGUUUCAAACAA